AUGUUCAUAUUCUCACAUGUGGGUCUGACGGGUUGUGUAGUUGGUUACAGUAUUUUAGGCGGCUGGAUCUUCAAAGGAAUCGAAGCCCCAUACGAACGGGAGCUUCGGCGACAGGCUGGUGAAAUACGAGAGAAAUACACUCUCAAGAUCGUCAAAGUCUCCGAGGAAGCACUGCGUGAUGGUCAAAACCUAAGCAACGCCAGUGCUGACCUGGUACAGGAAUUUGAGGAAGAGAUUGUCCGUUUUACUGAUGCCACAGGAUGGGACGGGUCGGAAGAGGAAGAGGAAGUGAAAUGGUCUUAUUCUGGGGCGUUGCUCUAUUCUGUUACAGUCAUCACUACUAUAGGUUAUGGUCACAUUGCUCCCAAGACAAAAUGGGGCCGGAUAAUAACCAUGAUUUACGCCAUCUUCGGGAUACCAUUAACCAUCCUUUGUCUGUCCAUUAUUGGCUCAUCCAUGGCCAGCGUGUUCAAAUUCGUGUAUAAAAACAUUUGCCUCGGAUGUUACCGGCAGUGUCGGCGUUUCAGGGCUUAUCUCGAUUCGGAUGAAGGAAUACCGUUAGAUGCAGCGACGGCUGCAGCAGCUGCUGUUCCGAAUGUCUUAGUUGCAGCCGGUGUGGCCGCUGCGGCCGAGGAAGCAAACAUCGCCGCUAAAACUGGGCUUCCAUCUGAAAAACAGACAGUCGAUCUACAAAAGGGGCAAGAAAUAUGGGCGGUACACAGAACUUGGCCAAACGGUGGCGAUUACCGAAGAAACAGUAGUUAUAUGCGAUCGAUCCCGGGCAGGGGCGACGAGGAAUGCCUUGAAAGAGCUUACUUGGCGGCAAUCGGAAAUAAUGAAGAUGAAGAAAUCGGGACGAGAGAGCAAAAUGAAGAAUGCGAUGUUGUGAACUCACCAAGCGAAAUCGAACUUGAAGAUAGCAUUUGUGAAAAAAGAAAUGGCGAUGUCGUAAGAGUGCCAGUAUUUGUUAGUCUUUUAGUGUUUGCUGCUUAUAUAUUUCUUGGUGCUGUUCUUUUUUCUUUGUGGGAAAAAGACUGGGAUUAUUUGGUUGGCUCGUAUUUUUGUUUCAUUACUCUUAGCACAAUAGGAUUCGGAGACGUGGUACCCGGCUCUACAGGAGAUUCCUGGGCAAGCGCCAAAAAGCAGGCACUCUGCUCCAUUUAUCUCCUCUUUGGAAUGGCUAUGACAGUUAUGUGUAUCAAACUUAUGCAGCAAGAGGUGAGGUCAAUAUUCACAAAUUUGGGCCGUAAAAUUGGACUUAUUGAAACGGAGGAUGAGGAAAUAAAAAGAAAGAGAAAGGAAAUAAAACUCAAAGAAGUCAAAGAAAACGUGUCAGAAACUCAGAAUUAUGACAAAACAAGCGACACUGUUGUAAGCCUACAAUAG